ACCAUUUCCCAUCCUCUCUUCGAGUCUUUUGCCUUGCAACCCAAGCAAUACAUCCCAAAAUCCUAUCUCCGACCUCCUUCGCCUGAAUCUGACGUUCAUGACCGUUUCCGACCACCAGAAAUCUGACGAGCGAACAUGAGCUGUAACGGUUGCCGAGUCUUGCGAAAGGGAUGCAGCGAGUCUUGCAUUCUGCGGCCCUGUCUUCAGUGGAUCGACUCGCCCGAGUCACAGGGGCACGCCACCGUCUUCGUCGCCAAGUUCUUCGGCCGCGCCGGCCUCAUGUCUUUCAUAUCGGCCGUUCCUGAGAAUCAACGACCCGCUCUUUUUCAGUCGCUUCUGUUUGAAGCGUGCGGUCGUACGGUCAAUCCCGUCAACGGGGCGGUAGGCCUGCUCUGGACAGGGAACUGGCACGUGUGCCAGGCGGCGGUCGAGACCGUGCUCCGUGGCGGGACGCUGCGGGCGAUGGCUGAGGCGCCGGCGCUGGCGCUGCCGGAAUCUGACGACGCAUCCGAGGUGCGCGACCCGUUCGGGAAGCAAAGGGUGUCGAAGAGGAAAGGGCCGGGGUCCGGCGAUGAAGUGGCGCGAUCCCAAGCGUGCGAUCUUGGCCUCGCGCUGACGCCGGGAUUCCCGCCGGAGAAGCGGCGGCCGGCGACCCCGUCGAUGAACUCGGAGGGAUCGGUGACAACCAGCGCGGAGAGUGGCGAUCGGGUUGACGGCGGCGAUCGGAUGCUGUUGAAUUUGUUCGUUUGAGGUGUGUUGUGUCAGGUUCUACGGCGGGUAUUGUAAGAUCCCGGUGCCCGGAAUUCAAACGCGAGAUUGAAAUCCGGCGAGGUGUUUUUGUACUUCCGGCAGAGGAUUUCCUUGUUGUAAGGAAAGAUGAGUCUGACGGCUUCUUAUAAAUUUCGAUGUGAAGUUAAUAAAAAUGUCAUUUUAAUUUA